CGCCAUGAUCAUGUUUGCUCAGUACGUGCAAGGAGGCACGUUUGGCAAAGCCGUUAAAAUGGUGGAAGAUGUCACAGACCUUGCCAAAAGGUGUGCUGCCGCAGCCAGAGACAGCCCGGAUUGCCUGAAGCCUUUGGACAGGAUUUUCCUUGAUACAAUAUGCCAGGAGGAAAACCUUCCCAGGUUUACGGAUUGCUGCGCUAAAAAGGAUCCUGAAAGAAAUGACUGCUUCCUCUCCCUUAAAAAUUCAUCCAGAGGGUUAAUUUCUCCUUUUGAAAGGCCAGAUGCUGAAGCUGCCUGCAAAAAUCAUUCCCAGCAUCCACAUGCAGUAACAGGAUAUUUUAUCUAUGAGGUUUCCCGGAGGCAUCCUUUCCUCUAUGCCCCAACAAUCCUUUCUGUCGCCAUCCGGCAUGAGGAGAUGAUGAAGAACUGCUGCAGAAGUGCUGGAGACCCCACUCAUAACCCGGAGGAAUGCUUUCGGAGACAGGCACCAAAAGUGGUGAAGCCAGUAAAAGAAGAUGGCCUGAGGCAGGAACACACAUGUGGGAUCUUGAAGAAGUUUGGAGAAAGGACCUUAAAGGCUCUGAAACUUGCUCAGAUAAGCCAAAAAUUCCCUAAAGCUGACUUUGUUACCGUUAACAAACUUGUGCUGGAUAUUGCUCAGAUGCACAAGGACUGCUGCCGUGGCGAUAUGCUGGACUGUAUGCACGAUAGGGAAGAGAUUCUACACUACGUCUGCACCAACCAGGACAUCAUAUCCAGUAAAAUUAAGAAGUGCUGUGAAAAGCCUCUGUUACAACGAAGUGAAUGCAUAAUUAAUGCAGAAAACGAUGACAAACCUGCAGACCUGUCACCCCACGUCAGGGAAUUUAUAGAGGACAAAGGAGUGUGUGAACGUUUUGCCCAGGAAAAAGAUACACACUUAGCCAGGUUUCUGUAUGAAUAUUCCAGGAGACACCCCGAAUUUUCUGCUCAAAUGCUUUUAAGAAUUGGUAAAGGAUAUGAAGACCUGCUGAAAGAGUGCUGCAAACCCGGCGCUCCAGGCGACUGCUGCCGCAGAGGGGAGGAAGAACUGAAGAAACAUAUUUAUGAAACAGAAACUGUCAUGAAGACAAGCUGUGACAUUUACAAGGAGAAAGGAGAUUACUAUUUCCAAAACGAGUAUUACUUUUCUCUUUGCUUAUAGCUGAUAAAAUUCACCAAGCAAAUGACUACAAUUGGCUCCAAAUGCUGCCAGUUAAGCCAGGACAAGCUACUGCCUUGUGCCGAGGAAAACGUGAGUAUUUCCCUUCUGUACCUUGGUCUGUUGGAUCUCGUGCUUGGAGAAAUAUGUAGAAGACACCUGAGCGACCCUAUCAACCCCGGAGUUUGCCACUGCUGUAGCAGCUCCUACGCUCUUCGGAGGCCAUGCAUGGGGAAACUGGAAAUUGAUGAGAAUUAUGUGCCCUUAUCGCUGACUCCUGGACUGUUCACUUUCCAUGAAGACUUGUGUACAACCGAAGAGGAAAAGCUACAGCACAAGAAGCAGGAGACUUGCCUCCCGGCUUCACAGGGCUUGCGUUGCUUUCCUUGCAGGAUGCUCAUCACCCUCAUCAAAUACAAGCCCCAGAUCACACAGGAGCAGCUGACCUCCGUCACAGCAGCCUUUACUGCCAUGAGGGAACAGUGCUGCAAAGAAGAAAACCCCGAGGCCUGUUUUGUGAAAGAGGGGCGUAAGCAGAACAACAGCUAA